UGACGUAUUUUUGCUACGUGUCAGGACGUUCUGUAAUCAAAGAUGGCGGCGCAGCAGGGUGAUGUUGAUGAACUCUUCGAUGUAAAAAAUGCCUAUUAUAUUGGCAGUUAUCAACAGUGUAUUAACGAGGCUCAGAAGGUGAAGCCAUCAGCACCGGAGAAGGAGACUGAAAGGGACAUGUUUUUGUACAGAGCAUACAUUGCCCAGAGAAAGUAUGCUGUGGUCCUGGAUGACAUCAAGGGCAACUCUCCACCAGAGCUUCAGGCUGUCAAGAUGUUGGCUGAGUAUCUGUCCAGUGAUAGCAAAAGGGAUGCUAUUGUUGCUGAUCUAGACCAGAAGAUGGCAAAGAGCGUGGAUGCUUCCAACACCACCUUCCUCCUCAUGGCUGCCUCCAUCUACUACCAUGAGAUGAACACUGAUGCUGCUCUCAGGACUCUGCACCAAGGAGAAAGCCUCGAGUGCAUGGCCAUGACCAUUCAGGUGUUGCUGAGUCUGGAUCGUGUUGACCUGGCAAGGAAAGAGCUGAAGAAGAUGCAGGAGCAGGAUGAGGAUGCUACUCUAACCCAGCUGGCCACAGCCUGGGUUAAUAUUGCAGUGGGUGGAGAGAAGCUGCAGGAUGCCUACUACAUUUUCCAGGAGAUGUCGGACAAGUACUCAUCUACACUGCUGCUCCUCAACGGGCAGGCGGCCUGUUACAUGGCUCAGAACAAGUGGGAGGAGGCUGAGGGAGUGCUGCAGGAGGCACUUGACAAGGAUAGCAGUCACCCUGAGACGUUGAUCAACCUCAUAGUGCUAACUCAGCACAUGGGCAAAGCUCCCGAGGUAACCAAUCGGUACCUCUCUCAGCUGAAAGAUGCGCACAGAGCCCAUCCAUUUCUCAAAGACUACUUAGCCAAGGAGAAUGAGUUUGACAGACUAGUGAUGCAGUAUGCUCCCAUCGCUACUGCAUAAGACGCCUGCUUUUACUGAGACACCUCAACAAUAGACUUUAGUAUAACACCAUAAAGUUAGCAAGUCUAACCUGCAUAACUGUAUUUGUUUUGAUAUUUCUACUAUUCUAUUUUCUAAACAAUUUCACUUUUGGCUGUAAUAUUUAAACCAGACCAGAUGUCCUAGAUGAAACAUGUCCAUUCUUUAUUAAUUAGACUUUCUCUUACGGAAAUCAUCAAAUCUGUUGUAAUGUAAGCAUUCCUUUGAAAUUAUAAUAAAUGUUUAAAACCUG